CGGGAGUGACUCCCGACGAUCUUUCAGCUGUGCCUGUAUCAAGUAGACUUUAUCCCCACUUAGGGGUUGAGGGUCAAGAUCAGACGAGGUCGCCAGUACGAGACUUCUGAUACUGGACCCUCCCAUCGGUUCUCUUUAGAGUUCAGAGCCAAUCUCAAGACCGUCGCAUCUGCUGGUCAGACAUGGCACGGGCGGCACACUCAGACCCUGAGAAUGUCGGCCGGAUGAUCUUCCUGCUUCUCCAUCUUCUUCUCUGCAUAGAAGGACCUGUUUCCUGUCGACUAGUCAGUCGGGUAAGGUCCCGAUGCAUAGAUACUGCUGACUGUCGCAGCCGUCCCCGUAUUCUGCCCUCCGAGCUCGACUCGGCCGGCUGGCGGUGCAUUGAAUCAUUUUGCCGUUCGGUAACGCGUAGAUCAUACACAGAGCUCGAGUCGGGUGGUUCAGACGGCGAUCUAGGCCUUUUGCGACGUGGGCUUGACGCCAGACGCGCGCGUUUCAAAGGACCUCUGAGGAUCUUUGGUAAACCGUCCGAGUCAUCUCUACUCUAUAGACAAUCUUCUUUAUCGUGAGAUGGAAGAUGUCGUUUUUGGCAUUGACCCGGCGGCCAUAUCGAAGCUUUGAGGGGUACUAUACGAGGUGGUAUUGGCGC